AUGGGUGCUCCUGGCAUAGCUUCGUGAUGGUUUUUUUUACUUCAAACAGUCGAUUGCUCACUGACUGUUUCCAGUAUCGGUCUUCCAGGUGCAGUUUAUAACUAAUAGGUACUAUAUUGGACUACCGUUCACUAUGCCUGUUUCAACCGCCUCUCUCCUCACCUUGCUCGGUGCCUUUGUCACCACAACUCUCGGGCACGGAUACGUCACCGGUUACGUAGCAGACGGCGUGCAGAAGCCCGGCUUCCUCCUGCAGUACUACUACGACAAGAAGAACGGCCAGAGCGUGCCUCCGCUAGCCGCUUGGUACGCCGAAAACCUCGACAGCGGGUUCGUGGCUCCGGAUGCCUACCAGACCGCCGACAUCAACUGCCACAAGAACGCCGCUCCGGGCGCGCUGACGACGACGGUGAAGGCCGGCGGCACGGUAGUGUUCCAAUGGGGCACGGCGGCGGGGGGAGCGUGGCCGCACCCGUACGGGCCGAUCAUCGACUACAUCGCGCCGUGCGACGGGGACUGCAGCAAGGCGGACAAGACGAAGCUCAAAUGGGUCAAAAUCCAGGCGAGCGGGAUCGACGCGGGCACGCAGGAGUGGGCGAGCGCGAAGCUGAUCGCGAACAACAACACGUGGACGACGCCGAUCCCGAAGUCGAUCGCUCCGGGCAACUACGUGCUGCGGCACGAGAUCAUCGCGCUGCACGGGGGCGCCUCGCUCAACGGCGCGCAGUCCUACCCGCAGUGCUUCAACAUCCAGGUCACGGGCUCCGGCACCGCGAAGCCCGCCGGGACCCUCGGUACCGCCCUGUACAAGAACACCGACCCCGGUAUCCACUUCAACCCGUACACGACUAUCACGGAUUACCCGAUGCCUGGCCCGGCGCUAUUCACCGGUUAGCCUAGUCUAGGUUAGGUACCUACCUAGGUAUGUAAGGGGGAAUUCUUGAAUGAUUCGGCGAAAUGUGGAUAACUCGGGUAAGAAAAAGUCAGAGUCCACGAAGGUGGUGAGAUCUGAUGUAGCUCGAGAAUGAAUAACUAGAUGAACUAUUAAAUUUAUUUAUAUCCAUAACUGAAUUGCAUGAUUUUAAAAGUUAGGUAUUUAAGUGAACACCAAUGCUAGAAUAAUUUUCAUAUAGAAAUACAUCUACUAUGUACUUCCUACAAAUGUUACCUAAAUCUGAUCUCCACUUUAAAGUUACUGUAUCUUAUCCGCGCGCGUCGCCUGGUGGCAUGACCCUACGUAAUGUCAAUUGCCAAGUCCAUAAACCAUACGGUACAGUAUAAAUGGUCCGUGCGUGAAUUCCACCAUCACAGCCCCGUUCCUUAGGCCAACUUCGACUUCGACCACAACAACCUCAUCCUAUCACAAGCCUAUUCUAGUCCUAUUUUCCCUUCAACAACAAAAACCAUAUUCGAAAUAUUCCCGAAUUCUCAAGAAUAAUAAGAAACAACAAACUCGAUAUCAAACCCCGCCAUCCAGGAUGGGAGCGCUCCUAUCUAUUCCCUUCCUGGCGGUGCCCAGCGCCGGCACGGUACGUCCAAGUAACCCGAUGCAACGGCUAUAAUCAAGAA